CUCCGAAAGAGAAACGCGUGAGUGUAGUCGAUGUGCUAGUAGUACAACUGGGAGCGCGCGUGCGCGUAUAUUUGCGUUUCCUCGCAGCAAGUUGAGGAGCGCGACACAUUUCAGUGCAAAGGAACGUUGCUUACCUUUACGAAGUUUAUAUAAAAAAAAAUACUAGGUAAUUUUCCGUGAAAGUAUUUUUUUGCUAAGCGGUGAAAACAUGUCAGCCCCAGCAGCUAAAGUGAGUAAAAAGGAGCAGAACUCGAACCACGACGGAGCGGACGAGACCUCUGAAAAAGAGCAACAGGAAGCUAUUGAGCAUAUUGAUGAAGUACAGAAUGAAAUUGACAGACUGAAUGAACAGGCCAGUGAGGAAAUCCUCAAAGUCGAGCAAAAAUACAACAAGCUUCGCCAGCCAUAUUUUCAGAAGAGGUCAGAACUCAUUGCCAAAAUUCCCAACUUUUGGGUCACUACAUUCGUGAAUCAUCCACAAGUCUCUGCUCUCCUUGGUGAGGAGGAUGAAGAAGCACUUCACUAUCUGACAAGGGUGGAAGUAACAGAAUUUGAAGACAUCAAAUCAGGCUACAGAAUAGAUUUUUACUUUGAUGAAAACAUGUAUUUUGAAAACAAAGUCCUAUCCAAGGAAAUUCACCUGAAUGAAAGUGGAGACCCAACACCAAAGUCAACAGAGAUCAAAUGGAAACCAGGAAAGGACCUCACAAAUCGUUCCAGUCAACCUCAAAGUAAAGCGGGCAAGAAGAGGCAACAUGAAGAGCCUGAGAGCUUUUUCACCUGGUUCACUGAUCACUCUGAUUCAGGAGCAGAUGAGUUGGGGGAGGUCAUAAAGGAUGACAUCUGGCCCAAUCCUCUGCAGUAUUACUUGGUCCCAGAUAUGGAAGAUGAGGAAGGAGAGGGUGAGGAUGAAGAUGAGGAAGGUCUAGAAGACAUAGAUGAAGAGGGAGAAGAAGAUGGAGAAGAGGAUGAUGGGGAGGAUGAUGAUGGUGAGGAUGACUGAAGAGGAAUAAAGUUGAGCAUAAUUCAUCACUUUAGUCCUGUCUGCCACAACCCAUCUGCUACUUUGGUGAUUCUUGGGAGCAAAAAUGCAUCCUUUUUGCCCCCUUUCCUUCUUGUCUUGGUUUUUUUUUUGUGCUCCCUCUCCUGUCCCGACAGUGCCAUGUUGAAAUCCACCCAGGAAGAGACUGCUGCUAUGGCAAUUAAUCUCAAUUCCCAAGUACAUUUUGAGGAAUAAAACAGAAGGCAAAACACACUGUAAUAUAAGCAGCACACUGUCUGGAGUAGACUUGCAAAUAGGUAAACUUUUUAUAUAAAUGUGUAUAUGCAUAUUUCAUCCUGUUAGUGUGGUUAAAUGAACAAAGGCCAUGGUGUGUGAUCUGUAUUUCCAGCUUCCUUCUUAACGGCUUUGUUGCUCAUGGCAUUACAACUGCUUAGUGAUUGAGUCUUCCCCUCUAGCUUGUGGUUUCAAGAACAUAAAUCACAACCAUACUUCUCUCCCCUCUGUGAGUUUGUAAUUUUAUGAGGGCUGACCCUCAGCAAGGGAGGAAACAAGGGUAUUUGGAAACAAUUUCCUUUUUUUUUUAUUUUAUUUUUUUUAUUUAAAUCUUGUUUCACAGACAUUCAUUGGAUAUGAAAUGACAUUUUGAUAAAAUAAAAUCCUUAAAAAUAAAUAGUCUGCCUGCAAGUUUUGGCUCUGCUGCAUAGGUUGUGUACAUUUUACUAAUCUUGUAUCUUAUACACAAACGUAACUUUAGAUCAGUUUGCUUUGUUUAAAAUAAAACACAAUGUGAACAUGUGAUUUGUAGUGAAAUUUGAAGAUUUGUAUGAAAAGAACAAAGUGUAGGAAUUUAUUUCCAUCUUUUUUUUUCAACUAAACUUUUCUAGUGAUAAGCCCUUUACAUGAAGAAAAGGUGCUCCCCCCCGAUGGGUCUGCUUUUGAAAGAUUUUGGUAUCGAAUGUUGAGGCAAAAUGUUCCUGUAGCUGUCUGUCUAGUCAAGGCCACCAAAGACUGAUCCAAGGCCUCAAAUUCUUCUCUUGUCAUUAUCUUCGGCUGUGCACUUGGUUGGAAUGCCAAGCCUAGAAUGAAAACAGCUCAAAUGAUACUGUAACAAAUAGGAGCAUGACUGUACAAUGAGAACAGAAGUAAUAGUUACUAGGUCAGGGCCAGGCUAUGUUCAAGUACAUGGGUGGUUCUCAAAGUUGGGUAGGGGGAUGGCCAGGGGGCUAUGAUUUUCUGUGG